AUGUCGCCCUCGAGAAGGGUCGACGAGCUUGUCCGCCAAUACCAGAUGGUCAGCUAUCCCAGCCCGGUUAUGCAAGACAUCCUCAACAACUCUAUGAGCUACUCGCUUCUAGUUGGUGCUCUUCGCCGCCAGGUGCUUCUAGUGAAAUGUCGCUCGCAGGAAUUUGAAGCCAACCAGGUUACUAUUUAUGAUAAAGCUUUGUUGAUACUUUCUAAGUAUGGAGAGGAACCGAUGAACGUCGGGGCGCUCGAGCUCUACUUGACUGAAUUCCUCGGGAUUGUGCCAAUAGGAGCGGCUUCAGAUGGGAAGGAUAUGGUUUCCAAUCAUAUUGAGCUACAGAAAGUUUUGGAUGAAGCUGGUCGAACUGCCAAUACUCCCGCCGAAGCAGCUGCCACCGACGAACAGCCCCAGCGAGAGUCAGGUCGAGAGCCAGAUCGAGAGUCUAUUGUUUACGGUGACGCAAAAGAUGAAUACAAUCGCUUCCAUGCUAAUUUUCACGCUCACGGCGCCGAUACUACUUCCACAGCGGGGCAGGAGAGAGAUGGGCACCAGCCUGACGAACGUGUAGAGAGAGCGGAAAGAAUCUUGGAGGUCUACCAUCGGGCAAAGGAUGACUACUUCAGCGCAAAGGAGAGGGACGGCGUCGAAAGUCUCAGGUCGGUUCGGUUUCUUCGAGAUACAGCUGAAAAUGCGCUCCGGUAUCUUCAUGUAAACGGGAUGUCGGGCCACAGCUGUGUUCCCGAUCUAGAGAACGUGUUUGCCAUGGCAAGAGACAGAACGGCCCAGCUUCUAGGUGGUCGCAAGCGACAUUUUGAUGACGAUCACAGAAGACGUGGUUAUACUGGUUAUAAACGACCUCGCCGUUUUCUCGACUCGUAUCGCCCUCGGAAUCAUGUGCAGACUGAUUUCGGCACCUCGCAAGAUCAGUUUUCCGACAAUGAUGAGGCUGAUGAAGAGUACAACUAUGAUGAUGAGGCCCGGCCCAAGUUCAAUCGACCGAGGUUGCCCCAGUACACGGAAGUGGAAGAGCAACAGGUUGUCAAGAAGUUUGAUCGCAGGCUUGUUCCGUUCCUAGCUCUUCUCUACUUGCUUUCUUUCUUAGACCGCUCUAAUAUUGGAAAUGCCAAAAUCGCGGGCCUUGUGGAGGACUUGAAUCUCUCGUCGUCUCAGUAUGAGUGGCUCCUCACGGCCUUUUAUAUCACCUAUAUUCUUUUCGAGUGGAUGACUCUGCUAUACCGAAUUGUGCCCGCGCAUAUAUACAUUUCGCUUUGCGUAUGUGGAUGGGGCCUCGUGGCAUCAUUUCAAUCCCUCUCGACUUCCUUCGGAACCAUGGUGUUCCUGCGCGCAGCACUUGGAAUAACCGAAGCCGCCUUUGGGCCGGGCGUUCCGUUUUAUCUAUCGUUGUUUUACAAGCGUGAAGAGCUUGCAUUUAGAAACGGGCUUUUCGUUUCCGCCGCACCGUUAGCUUCGUCGUUUGCAAGUAGCCUAGCCUGGUUGAUUGUGAAAUGCAGCAGCGAUGGGCCGAUUGCGCCGUGGCGCACUCUAUUCCUCGUGGAGGGGUUUCCCAGCGUGAUUGUCGCCAUUUUCGCGUGGUUUUUAAUUCCAGACUCGCCCGGCACUGCACAAUUCCUUGAGCCUCGACAAAGAAUGGUGGCCCAGCUGCGAAUGGGAGACGGCAGAUUCGAACAUCUUGGCCAUCGUAGACGAUUCAACUGGGGCGAAGUUGCGAAGACUCUCAGUGAUCCCAAAUCUUAUAUUACAGCCGUCAUGUUUUUCAGCUGCAAUGUGGCGUUCAGUUCUAUGCCAGUGUUCCUACCAACCAUUCUCCAAGACAUGGGUUACUCAUCCCUCAACUCACAGGCUCUUAGUGCACCGCCGUAUCUCGUCGCAUUUGUCGUGGUGCUAGUCACCGCAUACCUGUCUGAUCGCAGCAGAUCCCGAAGCCCCUAUCUCAUCGCGCAUGCCGUUGUCUCAUCGACGGCAUAUCUCGCAAUCGCCCUUACCGGCCAUUUCCACGGGUACAUGCCAGCCAGCCUGCACGUCUUCAUCCGCUAUCUCUGCGUCUACCCCGCGGUCUCCGGGUUCUUCUCCGCCAUCACUCUAAUCAUCACGUGGAGCAUGGACAACCGCGUGGCCAAGGAAGGCAAAGGCGCCAGCGUGGCUAUUCUCAACAUCAUCGGACAAUGCGGUCCACUUCUGGGAACAAGACUUUACCCCAAGGCGGAUGGACCCUGGUAUGUGCGGGGGAUGGCAGUCUGUGCCUUUUUCAUGGGUCUUGUCGCCAUUCUGGCGUUCGUGCUGAGGGUUAUACUGCAGCGCGCGAAUGGGCAAAGCAAUGAUGACGAGACCGGCGGAGAGCGCGAGGUCCUUAUGGGCGGGGGGGGUCUGGAAGCGAAUGUGGAACGAUUUACGUAUAUCAUAUAG